GUCAUGGCGGCCUCCUUCCUGGGCUCGGCGUGGGGUCCCUCGUGGUUUGGCCUCCACGGCCUGGGCCGCCGCCGGCCGCCCCGGAGCCUGUGGGCGCGCGCGCGGCUUCUCUCGCUGUCCGCAGGGUCGGAGCGGAGCGUGGCCGCGACGGGUGCAUCGGCCACCUCGGGCACAGACCGCUACUGCUUGGAUUUGCUGCGGAAACGAGAUUAUGAAGGCUAUUUAUGCUCCCUGCUGUUCCCUGCAAAAUCCAGAAGCUCUGCUUUUGCACUGAGGGCCUUCAAUGUGGAACUGGCUCAGAUUAAAGACUCAAUCUCUGAGAAAACAAUUGGAUUGAUGCGAAUGCAGUUUUGGAAGAAAACUGUGGAUGACAUAUACUGUGACAAUCCACCACAUCAGCCUGUGGCCAUUGAACUAUGGAAGGCUGUCAAAAGACAUAAUCUGACUAAAAGAUGGCUUGUGAAAAUCAUUGAUGAAAGGGAAAAAAAUUUGGAUGACAAAGCAUAUCGUAAUAUUCAGGAACUAGAAAAUUAUGCUGAAAACACACAGAGCUCUCUUCUUUAUUUAACACUAGAAACAUUGGGUAUAAGGGAUCUUCAUGCAGAUCAUGCUGCAAGUCACAUUGGAAAAGCACAAGGCAUUGUCACUUGCUUGAGAGCAACCCCCUAUCAUAGUAGCAGAAGAAGAGUGUUUCUUCCCAUGGACAUUUGUAUGCUGCAUGGUGUUUCACAAGAGGAUUUUCUAAGGAAGAACCAAGAUAAGAAUGUGAGAGAUGUGGUAUAUGACAUUGCCAGUCAGGCACACUUGCAUCUAAACCAUGCUAGAUCCUUCUACAAAAGUGUUCCUGUGAAAGCAUUUCCUGCUUUUCUUCAGACGGUUGCUCUGGAGGACUAUCUAAAGAAAAUUCAACAAGUAGAUUUUGAUGUUUUCCACCCAUCCUUACAACAGAAGAACACACUGCUUCCAUUAUCUUUGUAUAUCCAGUCCUGGAGAAAAAGAUAUUAAAUUAUUUGAUGGUACUGAUACUAAUUUACUUUUAUGUGUUAGUUUUAUUAAAGUAUACUAGUUAAGGUUCUUACUUACAAACAACAGGAAUGGUCUCAGUUUACUGUAGGAAAAAAGGGGUUCAUUGGAUGGGUGUGAGUGUGAGUAGCUUGCAGAAAUGAUGAGAAGUUGCAGAUGGGGAAGCUGUCCCAGGUUGUGCCACAAGAACUACCAUUGUCUCACUAGCCCAGUCAGUAUCUGCUGUGCUCUCCCUGUGAAGGCAGAAAGACAGCUGACUGACAAGAACUGGAACCCUAAUUUGGCUGAGCUGAAAACUUUUUUAAAAACUCAAUUCUCUUCUUUAAACCCACUUCACUGUCUGUCAUUAGCAGUAUUGUGACUAUGAACAAAAUUGUAUUGAAUGUUCAUUAAGCUGUUACUACCUUUUUUUCAGAAUUGGUCUGUUAGUUGAGCUGUCUAGCAGUAAACAUAUACUUUCAUCGGUGUUUUCAUAUGGUUUUCCUUAAAACCCUAUGAGAUAAAAAAAAAAAAGGCUCUGCCUGGUGGCGCAGUGGGUUAAAUAAAGCACAGUGCCAUGAAGAUAGCCGCUGACAUCCAUCUCAGCACAAGUUCAAUCCCCAGUCCUGGAGCUGACCCAGAUGGCUGUCCUGCCCUCUGCUUCUCUCAUCAA